AUGGCGAAUACAACAUCGCUAUUGCUAAUGGCAGCGAGCUCAGCUCUAGCCUACACUACGCUCGCAGCAACUACAACCAAAAGUGGUGGAGCACUUAGUGCAAUGAUGCCACAUCUCGUGAACUCGACCAUGUCGGCGCUCACGGGAACGGCGCAACAAGAUCUAGACACACCACGUAUUUCACUCAAGGUCAUGCCAUCAAAACGUAUACACCUUUCACCAAGUGAAAUGAAUGCGUUAUUAUUCACUAUAAAACAAGAAAUACAUCGAAAGGUCAGACAGCUGGAAGAGGAUUUGCUAGAACGACGACAUGAAAAUGAGAAACACCUUUCAGCAUGGGCACUAAAUCAAGCGCCGGUAUAUAUGCCAUUCCGAGAUAAGAACGAAACAUCCAAAAGGAAACAUGAACCUAGUCUACAAAUGGAAGUAGAAAAAAUCAAGCAGAAGGCAGACGCAAGGAACAGCGCUGGAAAACCUCCUGUAGUACAAAAUGAAUUAGCAAACAACAAGAAGAGUGAGGAAACGUCGGGAAAUCUGACAUAG